GCAAAACACAGCAUGUCUGCGUGCUUCCUCCCGUCAGCCCCCGAUCUGAAAAUCGAACAAAUCCCCGCCUCUUCGUCCCUCUCUCCGACUUCCGCUCGCACACCUCCCCUCAUGUGGCUGCCCUGGGUGAAGACGCGGCCUUCAUCCGCCACCUCCACCUCCAACUCUCCCUCCACCGCGCUCGUAGCUGCCGCCUCCCCGCGCCUGUCCUUCUCCUCGCCCUCCCUCAAGGACCUCCAGGCACUGCUCCUGUCGGACGCCGCGACACCCUCCCCGCCGCCUGCCGCGCCCUGUUCCCCCUCCUCCUCCGUCCGCGUCUUCCACCGGGUCCGCGUCGCCGCCUCUGCCCUCCGUGCGCUCCGCACCCUCCAGGCGCCGCCGUCCUCCGGCGGCGGCGCCGCCUUCGAGGCGGACCGCCGCGUCGUGCUCUACUUCACCUCGCUCCACGUGGUCCGGAGCACGUACGAGGACUGCCGCGCCGUGCGAGCCAUCCUGCGCGGGCUCCGCGUCGCCGUCGACGAGCGCGACCUCGCCAUGGACACGCGCUACUUCCAGGAGCUCGCGGCGCUCCUCCCGCGCCCCGUGGCCCCGCGGCGCGUCACGCUGCCUCAGGUCUUCGUCGGAGGCCGCCACCUCGGCGGCGCCGACGAGGUCCGACGCCUGCACGAGGCCGGCGAGCUCCGGCGCGUCGUGGCCGGCGCCGUCGCCGCCUCCCUCGCCACAUGCGGCCGGUGCGGCGGCGAGCGGUACGUGCUCUGCGGCAGCUGCAACGGCAGCCACAAGCGGUACAGCGCCAAGGGCGGCAGCGGCUUCCGCACCUGCGCCGUCUGUAACGAGAACGGCCUCGUCCGAUGCCCCGACUGCUCGCCGCCGGACGUCUGACUGACGGUCCAGAUCCGAGAGGUCACGACGUGAUAACUAUUAGAUGCUUCCUUCUUCUUCCUAGUUCCAAAUUUGAGAUAAGAAACGAGCCGUGUGUAGUUGUUAAUCUUAAUUGGUAGCUAGUGUUGAUUGGUUGCUAAAUAUGAAUAUGGCCAUUUGCAGUUUUUCUAGCGUUUGCUAAUCAACGCCUCUAAAGGUGGCUGUUGCACUUGCAGUAAGAUUUAACAGCAGUUUGUUCCUU